AUGGCAAACAGUCGACUUGAAAGAAUAGGCACUAUUUUUACUCGUGUUGAAGGCCUACUCACAAAAGGAGCAAUGAGAGCUGAUGAUAGACCACUCUGGUUUGAUGUCUAUAGAAAAUUUCCACCAAUCACAGAGCCUAAAUUUGCUAAACCGAAACCAGAGGUCAAGCCCAUCAGACAAAUUCUUUAUCCUGAAGAUACAAUUAGAGCUAAAUUUCAUUCACAAGGACAUGGGUUAACAGCUGUUAAUCUGACUAGUCCUAUAGAAACAUCAACUAAACGACUAAUACAACAACACCAAAAGUUAAAAGCUGAAGGUGUGGCUGAAGAAGAGUUAAUUAAUAAAUCUGCAGAGGCAGUAGGUACCGAGCGCCAAGCAGAAAUAGCUACGAAAGUCAUCCCUAAAAACAAGGAUUCUGUAACUGCAAAAGUUCUUGCUGAAGCUGACAUCAAAAAUAUUUUCAAAGAGUGA